CCCCCCAUGGCUGGGCGCGCGAGGGAUCCUCCGCCGCCUCAGCAGCCGCCCGGCAACAUGAUCACUUCCGGUUUCUCUUCCCCCAACCCCCCAGCAGCAGCGGCAGCUCAGGAGGUCAGACCUGCCACUGAUGGUAGCAGCAGCAGCAGCAGCUCCUCCUCGUCCUCCAAAAAAAGAAAGCUAAAUAGUAAUAGCAACAGUAGUGAGCGAGAAGAGGCGGAAUCCAUCUCCUCCUGCUCCUCUCUCCUUUCCAGAAACAACAACUCUUCAUCCUCUGUCAUUACCACCACCUCCACUGCCUCCUGUUCCUCCUCAGGGGUUGCCUCUUCCAACCAUCAUCUGCAGAAGAAGUUGCGCUUUGAGGACUCCUUGGAUUUUAUUGGACUUGAUGUGAAGAUGGCAGAAGAGUCUUCCUCUUCGUCCUCUUCAUCACCUGCUGCCUCCUCUCAGCAGCAGCACCAGCAGCUCAAAAACAAAAGCCUCUUAAUUUCCUCAGUAGCUGUGGGUCACCACGCAAAUGGCCUGACCAAAGCUGCCUCUUCCACUGUGUCCAGUUUUGCCAACAGUAAACCUGGGUCAGCCAAGAAGUUAGUGAUCAAGAACUUUAAAGAUAAACCCAAACUGCCUGAAAACUACACAGAUGAAACCUGGCAAAAACUGAAAGAAGCUGUAGAAGCUAUUCAGAACAGUACUUCAAUAAAGUACAACUUAGAAGAGCUCUAUCAGGCUGUUGAAAAUCUCUGCUCCUACAAGAUUUCUGCAAAUUUGUACAAGCAAUUAAGACAGAUUUGUGAAGACCAUAUCAAAGCACAGAUUCAUCAGUUUAGAGAGGAUUCAUUGGACAGUGUUCUUUUUCUCAAGAAAAUAGACAAAUGUUGGCAAGACCAUUGCAGACAAAUGAUAAUGAUUAGAAGUAUCUUUUUGUUCCUGGAUCGAACCUACGUACUUCAAAAUUCAAUGCUGCCAUCAAUUUGGGAUAUGGGGCUCGAAUUGUUUAGGACUCAUAUAAUCAGUGAUCAAAAAGUCCAGAACAAGACCAUUGAUGGCAUUCUUUUGUUGAUCGAGAGAGAGAGAAAUGGAGAGGCUAUUGACAGGAGCUUACUCCGCAGCCUGCUAAGCAUGCUUUCAGAUUUGCAGAUUUACCAGGAUUCUUUUGAGCAUAGGUUCUUGGAAGAAACGAAUCGCCUAUAUGCAGCAGAAGGACAAAGGCUUAUGCAAGAGCGAGAGGUUCCAGAAUAUCUCCAUCAUGUCAACAAACGCUUGGAAGAAGAGGCAGACAGGAUUAUCACUUACUUGGAUCAAAGCACUCAGAAACCACUAAUUGCUACUGUAGAAAAACAGCUGCUAGGUGAACAUUUAACAGCCAUUCUGCAGAAAGGUUUAAACCAUCUCCUGGAUGAAAAUCGAAUUCAGGACUUGUCUCUACUAUAUCAGUUGUUCAGUAGGGUUAAAAAUGGAGUGCAAGCGCUCUUGCAGCAAUGGAUCGAGUAUAUAAAGGCAUUUGGUAGCACCAUCGUAAUUAAUCCAGAAAAGGACAAAACCAUGGUCCAAGAGCUGCUAGACUUUAAGGAUAAAGUUGACCAUAUAAUUGACAUUUGCUUUUUGAAGAACGAGAAGUUUGUCAAUGCCAUGAAAGAAGCCUUUGAAACUUUCAUCAACAAAAGACCAAAUAAACCUGCUGAACUCAUAGCUAAGUAUGUAGAUUCAAAGCUUCGUGCAGGCAACAAAGAAGCCACUGAUGAAGAGCUCGAAAAGAUGCUGGAUAAAAUUAUGAUUAUAUUUAGAUUCAUCUAUGGAAAAGAUGUUUUCGAGGCCUUUUACAAAAAAGAUCUAGCAAAGCGGCUAUUAGUAGGCAAAAGUGCAUCAGUAGAUGCUGAAAAAUCCAUGCUUUCCAAACUCAAACAUGAAUGUGGAGCUGCUUUUACCAGCAAACUUGAAGGGAUGUUUAAAGACAUGGAGCUUUCUAAAGACAUCAUGAUACAAUUUAAGCAGUAUAUGCAAAAUCAGAAUGUACCUGGUAACAUUGAAUUGACAGUGAAUAUCUUGACGAUGGGCUAUUGGCCAACCUAUGUGCCUAUGGAGGUCCACCUGCCAUCAGAGAUGGUAAAACUGCAGGAAAUAUUUAAGACAUUUUAUCUAGGAAAACACAGUGGCAGGAAACUUCAGUGGCAAUCAACAUUAGGGCACUGUGUACUCAAAGCAGAAUUUAAAGAGGGCAAAAAAGAGCUGCAAGUCUCUUUGUUUCAGACUCUAGUGCUUCUUAUGUUUAAUGAAGGUGAAGAAUUCAGUUUAGAAGAGAUAAAGCAAGCUACUGGAAUAGAGGAUGGAGAGUUACGGCGAACUCUCCAAUCGCUAGCCUGUGGCAAGGCACGAGUGCUAACGAAAAGCCCCAAAGGCAAAGAUGUGGAAGACGGGGACAAAUUUACUUGCAACGAUGACUUCAGACAUAAGCUGUUCAGGAUAAAAAUUAAUCAAAUCCAAAUGAAAGAAACGGUAGAGGAACAAGCAAGCACUACAGAGAGAGUCUUUCAGGAUCGGCAAUACCAAAUCGAUGCUGCCAUUGUGAGGAUCAUGAAAAUGCGCAAAACGCUUAGCCACAAUUUGCUUGUGUCUGAAGUGUACAACCAGCUGAAAUUCCCAGUAAAGCCCGCUGACCUUAAGAAGAGAAUAGAAUCAUUAAUUGACAGAGACUACAUGGAAAGAGACAAGGAGAACCCCAACCAAUAUAACUACAUUGCAUAAACACACGAUGGGCCUUUUUUUCUUUUCUUUUCUGCACACUUGAUGUUCUACUUGGUUGCUGGUGGAUAAACGAGCCUGUUGAUCCCAUUAAAUUAACCUUUUUCUACUACAAAUGACUGAAAUGAAAGCAACAUAUGGGUGGGUGGGGGGGAAUAUAGUAGAGUGGACUUUUUCAGUGGCUUUAACAUGCCCGUUUAAAGAGUAGUAUUUACAUUUUUAAGAAGAAUGCUGUUGAACUCUUUGCAUGAUAUUCAGUAUGAUGUGCAGAAAACUGUAAGGAAGUAUCUGGUUUUUGUGAUUCCAUUGGUCCCCUGGGUCUAAAGGGAAGCUUCUGUUUUGCAAACGGAGAUUGUCUCUUUUUCCAUCUCAAAACAACGAAAGGGUAAAAUGUAACCUUUUUUUAUUUUAAAAAAUAGCCUUUUAAAAAUGCUUAAACUGCAUGCAAAUCUCAUUACUAUACCGAAUUAUUGGAUUUGUUUAUCAAACAGCAAUGCCUGUAUGGUUUUGGCUAUCCCUCCAAAUAACAGAAGUCAACCUCAUAUUUCCCAAGUAUCCUAAAACUGUUCUGCAGCUGUCGGAAAGGAAAUAUGCACCCCUGAGAAUGGGCUUCUAAGGUUGAGAUAUAUAUACCGUUCAUUAUCAGCCACCUAAAUUGAUUGGAUUUGUGCUACCAUGAAAGCUUAGGGGUUUAGAUUCCUGAUACUCCCUUCAUCCUCAAAUGUAAGUACUUUUAAAAAUAAAAACCAUUGUUGAUGUAAAAGCUGUCAUUGAUGGGGAUGAGGACUCCCUCCCUGCUUCUUUCUUUACCAUUAUUUGUAGGGAAGGAUAUUCUACCUCUGCUUGAAUGCAGAAGUGAAUAAUACCACAGUUGUUGGUUUGAGGUUCUUUCCCCCCCCUUUCCCCACAAAAACACUACAUGAACUUGAAGUAGCUGUUUUAUACUUCCUUUCUUUUGCAGACUCCACAUGACUCUUCAAUUAGAAAACACUCUUGCUUGGCAAUAGCUUUGCUUUAAGGGGAGGACGGGGCAACCUGUGCCCUCCCCCCAGAUGUGGUUGGAUGCCAGUUCCCAUCAACCCCAGCCAGCAUGCCCAGUAGUCCAACAACAUCUGGAGGGCCCACAAGUCGCCUGCCCUCCUUCAAGGGGCUGUUCCUCGAACCUCUCACAUAAUCUAACCAGGUGUUGCUACAAAGAAUCUUGAAACCUCCAAACAUGCACAAUCCUAGGAAGAUGUGAAAGGCAACUUCUUUCACACCUCCCUAGUGUGAAAUCCAACUUUUAAAACACUGCAGCCUCUCACCGAUCUGGGAGCAACGAUUUCCCCCUUUUUUACACCCUGAAUCUAUAGUCUAAGCCAAACUUAGCUUAGUUUUUGUUUUACUGUCUUCUAGUUCUCCUAUUGUGCUGCCUGCAUUAUGUCAGAGGACCUCCUUUUCUGAAUGUUGCUUUCAAAAUGGUAUGCGUUCUCGACUUUUGUCUUCAGACUUCCAUCAGGGCUCGUAUUCAACAAAAGCUGAAGGGUUUUAUCAGUGCCUGAAGCAACACUGAUAACUAUUGCCCGUCAGAGCUGACCUUCCAUGGUUCUCCAUGACUAGUCCCAGCAAGAAAAUCUAGCAUUGGUUUAUCUUCAGACUUUUACUCCCUUCCCCCAUACAGAUGCACCUCAUGGAAACUUUUAGUCUUUCCUGGCUUGCUUAUCUAGAACAGGGGAGCGAUAUUUCCAGCACAUGAACCUGCCACUCACAUGCAGGACACUGGGUAAACAUGUUUGCGCAACUGAGUGUGUGGGAACGUUUGGGGAGACCGUAACUAAGAAUUCAUCACAGGAAGUGUUUUAAAGAACCUACCUUUACCAGCAGCAACUCUCUUCCCGUGUAUGUGAUAGGUUUAAGAAUUUUUUUCCCCCUGAGUGAACUUUAAGAGAACAAAAGAGAAUUGUAUAUAGAGAAGCAGCUUGGGGGGGGGGGGGGACGUUGAAAAUGGGCCAUUUGGUGUGUUUGGAGCUGUGAAAUGAGGUUUAUGCCGUAAAAGCUUUUAAGGGGCCUGAAGAGUCUGAUCUUCAAACAUGGAUUCAGCUAGAACAGAAUCACAAUACAUGGAGUGAGACAUCUUUUGAAAUUUUGAGAUGUGCUGGCAAUUUGGAUCAUUAUAUACAAUGAUCUCAUUUUUGCACAAUCUUUUCCAGACGCAGUGAUUAACGACAUGGCUAACAAGAACAUUAAUGGAGCCUGCUUGUGUUAGAUCUGGAGAAAACAAACAGCUAUGCCUUUAUUCUCUGAUAUUUCCUCAGAGAGUAUCACUAAAUCAUUUUCCCUCUCUGCCCCUGAUUGUUGAGCUAUGGCAAAAACUAUUUCCAGCCAUAUUGUCCAGCAAUUUGUUUUUUGCUGGGAUCAUGUGCCUGCUUUAUUGAGCCAUAAAGAUAUUUAUAACAGAUAUUUAUAGAUAUAAAUACAUUUUUUUUUUUGCAGUGGGCUUAGACUGUGACCCACACAGCUUAUCUUGGCCAUAUGUUUUUAAAUCUUUCCUCUUGUUGCAUGCAGUUUAUAGCGGCCUCGUUUAUAAGGUAUUGCCAUUUAUUCUGAUAAAUAUUUUAGUUUGGGGUGGUUUUUUUAAACAAAAGGGGAAAAAACUUUAUACCCAACAAAAUGAAUUUUCUUUUUUUGGCUGGUUUAAAUACAUUUAAGGAAGUGACCGUUUUGUUUCAAAACUAAUGACAAAUGUGUUGUAAAGGUUGUUUUGUUCUAUAGCUUACACAAAGGUGCCAAAGUACAUAUAGUUGAUUAAAAAGAAAAGUAGAAACUUGUUAAGUUUACUUUAGCUGUGGUUUUACCUUUUGGGUCUUUCAGAUGCUCAUUUUAUGUGUUUGCGUGUGCCCGCGUUUCUGUGUGUAUGUGUGUGUCCUGGUCUCUUAACUUCUCCAAAGCAUACCAUCUGUCCUAACGCUUUCUCUUUAAAACCAAUGUUUUUGUGCAUUUGAAAAAUACCACUUUUAUUUUUUAGUGAUUUCAGAUAAGAGGAAGAGUAUCUCCUUUCUUUUCUUUUUUUCCCCAAAAAUGUUUAAAGUUCUAAGAGUACAGCAGCAUUCAAAAAUGUAAUAUACUUUUUGUAUAAAGUCAUUCUUCAGAAGAGUAUCAUUGGAGUUUUGGGGAGGGGAGGGGAGGCGGCAGAGAACCGUGGGGAGGGUGAAAUAACUCUGUUCCUUUUAAAAAGCCUCUUCAGUAGGCUGAUUAGAAUAUGAGGUUGUGCUUGUUCACUGCAUAGAAAUGUUCUACUUACACAGGUCUGCAAAUGGGGCAUGUCAGCAUUGCGUCCUUCAGUACAAAAAAAACAAAUGAAAUAUUUCAAAUGUUUCAUAAGAAGUCAGUGGAUGGGUACUGAGUCUCUUCUUUGGUAAAUAAUGUAAAUAUAUGUCCUUUAAAAAGAGUGAGUCUGUUAUCUAGGUAUUUUGUGUCAUUUAAUAAAUAAUAAACAGUUUUGUGUUGCUAAACUCUUCAUUUUA